AUGACUGAGGCUGAUGAAAACGAAGCGCGUUUGAUUAGAGAACAAGGGAAAGCUGACUGGAGGGCUUUUGUGAUCUCAAGGGGACGUGAACUAAAACCUGGUGGUUUUAUUGUUACCAUGAAUUUGUCAUCCGACGAGGAAAACAACGAUGCGUCACACGUAGAAAACGGAACCAGACUUCUGUUUAGUUUCUUGUCUGACAUGGCAAGAGAAGGUGUAAUAACCCAGGAGGAAUAUCUUGCAACAAACUAUCACGGCCACCAUCUCAGAACGCCAGCUGAUUUUAAGGAGCCGUUUACCAGUGAUUUACCGGAAGUAGGGGAACUCGGACAGGACCUAGUGUCUGUGAAAUCAUUUAAACACUUUCUAAAACACCCGACUUUUAAUAUUAUCGACAAAGGCGAGACGGAGAAGCUGGAGUAUUCCCGUGCAAUAGUUGCUUCUAUCUACCCCUGGCUGCAUCACUCGCUGUAUGAUGGGCUUUCCCUUUCCAGAUCGGAAGAGGAAAAACAGAUGAUUAUUGAUCAAUACUUCAGCAGAUUAGAGGCGUAUGCGUUUGCUAAUUCUGAUCACAAGCCGUACGUAUUCUACACGGAGGUGGUCAUUAAAAAAAGGAUGCAUAAUGAAGGAUUAUAA